AUGGGUGACUCUGCCAUUCACGCUGUUGCUGGCGCCGUCGGCGGCGCCAUCUCCAUGACGCUCACUUACCCACUCGUCAACCUCUCCACUCGCGCGGCCGUGGCAACCAAGCACGAGGACAUUAGCCUCAAGGAUGCGAUCGUCCAGACCGUCAAGAAGGAGGGUCUUUCGGGCCUCUACUCUGGUCUCGAGAGCUCACUGUUCGGCAUCGCCAUCACCAACGGCAUCUACUACCUCUUCUAUGAAGAGACGCGCUCGCAGCUCAUCAAGCGCCGCACGGUCAACACUGGCGAGGGUCUGACGACCCGGGAGGGUAUCAUUGCCGGAUUGAUUGCUGGCUCAAUCACCACCACGCUCACCAACCCCAUUUGGACGUUGCAGGCGUACCAGUCGACCAAGGUGACGACCAAUGCCGACGGCAAGGUCGUCAAACCUACGAUGGGUUCGGCCGCCCGCGACAUUAUCAAGCAAAGCGGCAUCAAGGGCCUGUGGCGUGGCCUUGGGCCGGCGCUGAUCCUCGUCAUCAACCCGGUGAUCCAGUACACGACGUUUGAGCGCAUGGCGACCCUGCUGCUCAACUACCGCGCCAAGAAGUCUGGCUCGGCCACCGUCGGUACCCGCUCGGCCCUGUCCGACUGGGACCUGUUUAUGCUUGGCGCCAUCUCCAAGCUCAUCGCGACGGGCAUCACCUACCCCUACCUCGUGGUCAAGAGCCGCCUCCAGGUCGCCAGCCACAAGUACAAGAGCUCGGUGACGGCCGUCCUUGAGAUCCUUAAGACUGAGGGCCUCCGCGGCGUCUACGCCGGCCUCGGUCCCAAGCUCCUCCAGAGCGCGCUCACCGCCGCGUUUAUGUUCGUGGCGCAGCGUCGCCUGUACGAGGUUGUCAAGAACCUCAUUGUCCAGAUCCAGGCCCGCAAGGCCGUCCGGGCUUAG